UGACGUACUUUCAGGCUCCGCGCGGAGCAGGAAGGGGAACUCUUUUGCUGCGGACCCAAACCGGAAGCUGCUUUUCCAGCGGAGAGGCCGGUGGGGGAGGAGCGGGUCGAGGGGAACGUGGGUUGAACGUUGCACGGUGGUGUGUGGACCCAAUCUGGAACAGGAGUUCGGAGCGACCCGGUGCGAGCAAGGGGAGUGCACGCGGCAGGGUUCAUUGAAAAAUCCUUAGUGAUAUUGACAUGUUUCAAGUGACAUAAAUUAGCCAAUGACUCGGAAUGAUGGAUUCCCCGAAGAUUGGAAAUGGUUUGCCAGUGAUUGGACCAGGGACUGAUAUAGGGAUAUCUUCACUCCACAUGGUGGGGUAUUUGGGAAAAAAUUAUGAUUCAGCUAAAGUCCCGUCAGAUGGGUAUUGCCCUGCUUGUAGAGAGAAGGGAAAGUUAAAAGCCUUAAAGACUUACCGAAUUAGUUUCCAAGAAUCUAUCUUUUUGUGUGAGGAUCUGCAGUGCAUCUAUCCUUUGGGCUCUAAAUCACUUAGUAACUUAAUUUCUCCUGAUUUGGAAGAUUGUCAUACUACAAAUAAGCCUCAAAAAAGGAAGUUCUUGGAAACCAACUGUCAAAAUUCACCUCCUUUAGCAAAUACCAAAAAGACUAAAAAUCAUGUUGUUAGUGAACAAGUUUUGAACAGCAAACAUGAUGGAGAAGCAUACGAUGAAACCCCGUCUCACUUACCUGAUUUACCACACAGUGGUCUACCGAACCCAGUUAGGACAGCUGAUUCCUUUGAACAGAAUGAGAUUUUGGAGGCUGGUAUUGACAUGGCUGCUGAAGAAUAUCCUGCUACAGUUGAUGUUUCUGAAACUGGAGGGAUUUCUCCUCAGAAUGAAGGAUGCGCAUCUGAACUGGAAAUGGCCUUGGAGAGCAAAUGUACAUCACUUUGCCAGUCUUUAUGUGUCCAGUGGAAAAAUGCUAAUGCUCUCUGUUGGUUAGAUUGUAUUCUGUCAGCAUUGGUGCACUUGGAAGGGUUAAAAAAUACUGUGACUGGCCUAUGCUCUAAUGCGAACUCUGUGUUCUGGCAGUUGUUUAUGAAGUAUGAUCAAGCCAAUAAACUUCUGCACACCAAUCAGUUGGAUGGAAUUAAAGAUGGAGAUUGUAAAAAACUUACUUCAGAAAUACUUGCAAAGAUAGAAUCCUGUCUGAAUGAAGUCAGAGAUGAAAUUUUCAUUAGGCUUCAGCCUCAGCUUAGAUGCACAUUAGGUGAUAUGGAAAGCCCCAUGUUUGCACUUCCCCUGCUCUUAAAAAUGGAACCCGUCAUUGAAAAGCUCUUCAUGUAUUCUUUCUCUUGGAACUUUGAAUGUUCACAGUGUGGACACAAGUAUCAAAAUAGACAUAUGAAGAAUCUGGUCACUUUUACAAAUGUCAUCCCUGAGUGGCACCCACUUAAUGCUGCCCAUUUUGGUCCAUGUAACAUUUGCAGCAAUAAGUCACAGAUCAGAAAAAUGGUAUUGGAAAAAGUGUCUCCCGUAUUCAUGUUGCACUUUGUGGAAGGCUUGCCACAUAAUGACUUGCAGCACUAUUCAUUUCAUUUUGAAGGCUGUCUUUAUCAAAUAACUUCAGUAAUUCAGUACCAGGCAAAUAAUCAUUUUAUAACAUGGAUCUUAGAGGCGGAUGGGAUUCUCAAAUCCUCUUCAGGAAGUUGGCUGGAGUGCGAUGACCUAAAAGGCCUACGUUCUGAAAGGCGUGAGAAAUUUGAAGUUAGUGCUUCAGAGGUACAUAUUGUUAUUUGGGAAAGAAAAACAUCCCCAAUGACAGAUAAGGUGUCUGCCUGCCCUCCACUUAAAAAGACUAAUGAUGAGCCUCCUUGUGGUGAUGAGAAGCCAGCCUCUCCAACUCGGUGUUCUGUGAGCGAUGCUGCCUCUGCUGAACCAUUCUCAAGGACUCUCCCCACUGGUGUGGCAGUUGGACCUAGCACACACUCACAGGGUGAAGCUGUAGCUCUAGCUCAUGGGCAUCAUUUACUUUCAGGUCCAGAAAGUUUGGUUGACAGUAGUAUUUUAUCUUUGACGAUUGAAGAAAUAAAGGUUAACUCUGAUGAAUGUUUCCUCUUAGAAAAUAAACCUGUGGCCGAAAAUGCAGGAGUUGGCAAAACCGAUAUUUUGCAAUCACAAGAGUUACUAAUGGCUUCUUUAGUAUCAGCUCCAUGUGUUGAAAAGCUUACUCAAGACCGAUUUGUGGAUUUAAGCUUGCCAUCUCCAGUUGUAGGUGCAAACAUGCAGUUGGCACAGCCGAAUACAGAAGACACUGUAAUUAUUAAGUCUGUGAAUACUGUUCAUGCUACUGACUCUAUAGGUGGAGUAAAGCCGGUAGAAGUUGAGGGUACAGUUGCCCUAAAGAAGGAUACUCCAUUAAAACACUUUGUUUCACCCAAAACUGAGAAGUUAAAACCAGAACAAGCUGUUACAGCUCAGGUAUCUGAUUGGAAAAAAAAUGAAACUAUGGCAUCUUCUCAAACCAUAACAGCGAAAUCAGGACAAAAUCCAUCACUGAAAGAAACUCAGAAGAAACCAUUUGUAGGAAGUUGGGUUAAAGGCUUAUUAAGUAGGGGUGCUUCUUUUAUGCCACCUUGUGUUUCAGCUCAUAAUAGAAACACUGUAACUGAUUUGCAGCCUUCAGUUAAGGGGGCAAGUAAUUUUGGUGGCUUUAAAACGAAAAGCAUAAACCAAAAGGCUAACCGGCCAUCCAAGAAAGCCAGUAGGUGUGCAGAUAAGCCACCUACAGUUAGUAACCCUCCACCAGGCCAUCCAUUGUCUGGUAGCACGACUUCUCGUGUAUGUACUGAUGUUAUUGCUGAUACAGAUGCUUUGAAGAAAUGUGAAAAUACCUCCUAUGGAGCUCACCGUAGUCAUGAUUCUUGCGUGAAAGAAAAUGGUGUUUCUUCUGCAAAACAUGGAGACUCAGUUGAGGGUCAGAUUCAUAAACUUCGUCUAAAACUUCUUAAAAAACUUAAAGCCAAAAAGAAGAAAUUAGCUGCUCUUAUGUCUUCCCCUCAAAAAGGAACACCUCCAAGUGAAAAUUUAGAACAUGUGUCCCACUGUGGGUCUCCAAACGAUUGUGAAUCAAUAGAAGACUUGCUAAAAGAACUACAGUAUCAAAUUGAUACUGCUGAUAAUAAAUCUGGGUGCACAGUUCCAUACAGUAGUCAAAAUCAUGAAGAAAUUUUAGCAGAAUUAUUGUCUCCUACAACUGUUGUCUCAACAGAGCACUCGGUAAAUGGGGAGGCUGACUUUAGGUAUUUAGAAAUGGGAGUUGACCACAUCCCAGCACCAGUGUCUGCUGAAUUAAAUGAAAUUCCCCAAAACACACAUCUGCGACAGGACCAUAAUUACUGUAGCCCCACCAAGAAAAAUCUGUGUGAAGUUCAGCCAGAUUCACUGACAAAUAAUGUCUGCAUUAGGACUUUGAAUUUGGAAAGUUCCAUGAAGACUGAUAUUUUUGAUGAGUUUUUUUCCACUUCAACAUUAAAUUCCUUAGCAAAUGACACAUUAGACUUACCUCAUUUUGAUGAAUAUCUCUUUGAGAAUUGUUGAGUGCAUGUUCUUUUUAGUUUAGUAUUUAUUACUGUUCUUGGAAAAACUAUGUUAGUAUAGUGUUGACACACUGGCCUUGUCAUGAAUAAAAUGUAAGCUACCAAAGGUUUUACCUUUGCUUCUACUCACAAAGCAUGUAAUCUGUUAUACAAAUUAAAAUGAUCAAGAAUUGGU